CAGUGGUAAGUAGAGGCGCUCGAGACCCUUUUUCACCCAUCAGAUUUCGCCUUUCGGUUCCUCACACGCUCACCUUACAGACUAUAUAGCUACAUCGACCGCAUCCAAAACACGCUCGCCCCCAUCCUGGCGCCCCAACUCUAACCCCUCCCACCCACCGUCUAAGCGAUACAACUCGAACGGUUAACUCGAACGGUUACUUCUGAAAAUGUCAUCGGAGGCUGUUAAUAGCAGUUCUGCUGCUGAGGGCUUGACCCCGGCGCAGAAGCUGAUGGAGCGGCACGAACACCAUCCCACGGUCGAGGAUGUUGUGGACGAGGAGGACGUUGCUCAUCCUCCUCCUCCUCCAUCGGCCCCUCUCAAAACUGACGCAUCCGACGCCCCGGCUACGACCUUGAGCGAAAAGGCUGCCGGAAAGCAAAAGGUCGAGGAUGCGCCUGCUCCGUCAAAGAAAUCGCCGGCGAACGUCUCUUUGAACACUGCGUCUGAGGAAGCCUUCCCGGCUCUAGGUCCUGUCAAGCCGCGUGCGCCUGCGUCUGUUCCGCCUGCCUGGGGCAAGAAGCCAGCUUCGGUCAGCACCAAUGGAGUCAACGGCAGCGGGCUCACGCCCAGCACCACGACCUCUCGCGCUUCGACUCCGGCUUCGGGUAUGGGUACUCCUGUAUCUAUGCCUGUUGGCCGUGGUCCUGCUCUGCCAACGAUGGCUCUUCCCGGGAAACAUAUGGAGCAGAUCUCGUUCCACCCAUCGCAGCUUAUCCCGCGCCAGCAGCUCAAGAAGCCCUUGAACGACAUCAUCCGGGACAUCAACAAGCGCUCCAAGGCCAAGCUUGAGCAUAAGUCUGGACCCGGCGGGUUGGUUCUUUUCCAGGCCACCGGUCCCGUCGACGCUGUUCGCCAGUCUCUCAAGGAUAUCGCCAAUGAGAUUGGUUCUAAGCAAUCGGUCACUGUCCCCGUCCCCUCAUCCGUCCGCGCCUACAUCAUCGGCCGUCAAGGUUCCAAGAUCCAGGAAAUCAGCAAACGCUCCGGGGCGCGCAUCCAGGUUCCGAAACAAGAGAUCGGGGAGGACGAGGACUCCAUGAUCGAUGUGACGAUCGAGGGCAAUGCGCUGACCGCCGAGAUGGCCCGCCGCGAGAUCGAGGCCAUUGUAAACGAGCGAACAUCUACCGUGAACCUACGCGUCAAGGAUAUCCCCGCCGAAUACUAUCCCUUCCUUGCCGGGCCUCACAACUCGCUCAUCGGUGGUCUUGAAAAGGAUCGCGAAGUCCGCGUCAACAUCCCCACUUACCACACCUGGGAUACUCAAGCUCCUCCGCAAGUUUCGCGCAACCAGCCGGUUCCUUUUGUUCCACAAGCGAAGUACCCUAUUCAGAUCUCAGGAGAGCGAAAUGCUGCGCAGGAGAUUCAAGCUCAGCUAGAGCGCCGCGUCCAGCAGCUACGCCAGCAGUUAGCAAUGGAACAGCGAUCUAUCGAGCGGGGACGCCACCAGUUUAUCGUCGGCGAUCGGGGCGGAUCGUUGUCUGACUUCCUCGAAGAGACCGGCUGCAGCCUCAUCAUGCCUCCUGGCACACAUGACAGCGAGACUAUCUAUAUUGUUGGACCUCCGGAUAAGAUCGAGGCCGGUGUUAACAAGCUCGAGGAUUUGGCUGCAAGCAUGACCAUGGCGACUGCGGACUGUGCCCGAGAGCAUCGGGGCGCCAACGCCCAGGCGCACGCUCACAAUUUGACGCGCUAUCUGCGACAGCGCUCUGCUUUGGCCGAGCUCGAGCGUCUGCAUGAGGCGAGCAUUGUCACCCCUACCGACCGUGAUGGCCCAACUGCUUGGGAAAUCUACGCUCGAAACGGCAAGAACAGCAUGAAGGCGCGCGGCGACAUCAUGAGCGUCUUCGCCGGUCACCCACCUAGCAGGUUCUCCACCAUGUCCGUGGACCCGUUCUACCACCAGUUCAUUCAGCAGCGGAAUGCCCAGCAGAUUCGUGAUGACAUGGGCGUGCACGUUGUUUUCCCGGAGGAAGUAGAGGAAUCACCGGAGCUGAUUCUCGUUUAUGAAGGCAAUACCCCAUAUAGCGAAUAUACCGUCCCACGUGGUGCUCCCCCAGCCGCCGAAGUCAAGGCCUACCAGCAAGCCCUGCAGCAGGCUCAGCAGUUCAUCCAGGGCAUCACCAACAGCCAGCAGGAUAUCGUCUCUCGCGACGUUGAGGCUAAGCCUCAGUUCCACCUGAAAAUCCAGCGUUUCGUUGAGAAGGAGCAACAGGCUCUGCCGCGCGAUCAGAUCCCCGUCCAAAUGCUCUUCGGUGAGCGGCUACCGCAGGCUCGUAGGUCCUCCGGUAACAACUUCGCCAUGCGGGGACCUUCCAACGCUGUGGACGAUCUCUACGCCAAGAUCCUCGCCUUCAUUGAGCAAGAGGAAAAAGAUGAGCUUGAGCGGGGUUACACUACGACCUUCGACUUCCCGCAGAAGUUUGCCAACUAUCUGAUUGGCAAGCGCGGCGAGAACAUCCGGAAGCUCCGCGAAGAGUUCGAUGUUGAUAUUCAGGUCAAUGACGGCAAGGUUGAGCUCAAGGGUCCCCAGGCUAAGGCCAACGCUUGCAAAGCUCACAUCCUCGCAUUGGCCAAGCGACUUGAGGACGAGGCCACUCACACUUUGAAGAUCAAGCCUCAGUAUCACCGUGACCUCAUUGGUGCCAAGGGCAGCCAGGUCAACCGCCUGCAGGACCGCUACAAUGUCCGGAUUAACUUCCCUCGGUCAGCGCACAACGACGAUGAUGCAGCUACAGAAGGAGGAGCAUCGCAGCGCAACUUCCGCGCGCAGGCUCCUGAUGAAGUCACUAUCCGCGGUCCUCGAAAAGGCGCUGAUGAAGCGCGUGAGGAGCUGCUGAACCUGCUCCAAUGGACAAUCGAUAAUUCCUACACCGACAGCGUCUCCGUCGCCCAGAGCCAGGUUCCUCAGCUUAUUGGAUCCGGCGGACGCGAGAUGGAGAACCUCCGGCUGGGCACCGGCUGUCAAAUCGACGUCCCAGGUGCCCGUGAAGGUGCCGAUCCUUCCGGCCGUGCCGAGAUCAAGCUGAGAGGUACCAAGAAGCAGGUCGAAGAGGCGAAGAGGAUUCUGCAGGAGCGCGCAAAAGUGUUUGACGACACGGUUGUCAGGACGAUUGAUGUUGACCGCAAACACCAUAGGACCCUGAUCGGUGGAAGUGGUGGCAACAUUCGCCAGAUCGUCACCGCCGCAGGAGGGCCGGACAAUGCGCGAGAACUGGCUCGCAUGGUGCGCUUCCCCCGUGCAGACUCCGACGAAUCGACGAUCCGCGUUGAAGGUCCGAAGAACAUAGUUGACAAGAUCGUUGCCUCGCUCCAAGCCCAAGCGGCCUCGCUGGGGAACCAGAUUACCGAGACUAUCGACGUGUCCCCUGAUAAGCAUAGGAUGCUCAUCGGCCGGGGAGGUGAGACUCGACGGUCACUAGAGUCUCGGUUGAACAUCCAGCUAGAUAUCCCCAAGCAGGGCGUGACAGGGGCUGCUCGCAACCAGGUCAAGAUUACCGGUGAGCCGGGUGCAGUGGAGAAAGCCAAGGAGCACAUUCUCGAUCUCGUCAAGGGCCAGGAAGGCGAGACUGUCCAUGUGCCUCGUCAUCUCCAUCACCUCAUCUCGGACAAUGGCCAGUUCUUCCGCCGUCUCCGCAAUGAGCAUAAGGUUACCGUCGACCACGGUGGGCAGCAGUUGCCUCCUAAGCCUACUGCUCAUGAAGGUGGCAAGUCUCGCAAGGGCACUAACGGUGCUCUUCCUCUGAUCACGGACGACACCACCUCAGGUGCCGACGAGCACUCUUGGGAGCUCGUCGAUAAUAACACGGUUGACGAAGGUGCGGAUACCUCUGCUACGAUUCCUUGGAUCCUCCGCGGUCCCACCGACAACCUGCCGAAGGCCCGCCAGACGCUUCAAGCUGCGAUUGAGGCUGCUUCGAAGCCUACUUCGACAGGUUACCUGAUCCUCCCUGACCCGCGGGGUUACAGGCUGGUCGUCGGCCCCGGAGGAAGCACUAUCAACAACAUCCGCCGCAAGACGGGCACCAAGGUACAAGUCCCGCGCGAUCAGGCCAAGGACGAAGCAAUUGAAAUUGUGGGCACCAAGGAGGGAUGCGAGCAGGCGCGACAGAUGAUUCUAGACAUCGUGGCCAAAGGCGGAAGCCGCAAGUAGGUAGGCGGGACAUUUACGUAUCCAGGCAUCUCUGGGCAUGGGAUAUGGGCAUGACAUGAUUUGCAUGGCAGACCUGCAUAAUAUAGCGCGAGGGGUAGAUUGAUAUUUGAUGAUUGAGCUAAAAGGGGAAGCUACUCUUUUUUCUUUUGGGUGACCGCGUCUAGCCAUGGUGCAGGGCGGAGUCAAUCUUUUCUUUGCUUUGCUUUGUUCUUCCUGUAUGUGUAUCUAUGGGAGAUAUAAAAGUUCAAUGUAUGCUCUUUGGAAGUAGAA